CCCUACCAAAUACAACCUUGUCGACUGUCGACCACCUCAUCGCCUCGCCAGUUCUUCAAGUGCUAAAAUUCGGAACUCGGGAACUGCUGUGCUGGCUGCUGGGAGUCCUCACUCUCUACAUUUUGGAGUUCGUGUGGUCUCUUGUCCAAUAAGGAGAGUUGGAGCGGCUUCGGCCUCGGGGCUUAGGGUUUUUAUCAAUAUUCGUCGAGUCUUAAAGUCUCAAACUUGACUGAUUCAAUUUACCCAAAGAAAACAAAUAUAACUUACAAGUGUUUCUUUCUUCUCUAUAUCGAAUCUCAUUUUCGUUGUGGUUCCUUAUCUAAUGGCGUUUGUCUCUGCUUUCCGACGCGCUCUUAGUGGAUCUUCGACGCCUUCGUCUCUCCUUCAGUGGCGAUUGGCUUCGAUCCGUCUAAACUCUACGCUUACGACACCGAAACUCUUCAUCAGCGGUCUUUCGAGAUUAACUACAGAUGAAAAACUGAAAGAGGCAUUUUCUCCUUUUGGCCAUCUUCUUGAAGCAAAAGUUAUAGCGGAUAGAGUAUCAGGAAGGUCAAAAGGCUUUGGUUUUGUAACAUAUGCAACCAUAGAAGAUGCAGAGAAGGCUCGCGAAGGGAUGAAUGCCAAGUUCUUGGAUGGAUGGGUUAUUUUUGUUGAUCCGGCAAAGCCCAGGGAGCCAAGACCACCACCUCAGCCAGAACCAGAACCUUCAGAAACUGGCUUCAGGACAAAUAAAACAGUUGGAUGGUGUGGGUAAUCAUUCAGAAAUAGUUAAUCCUUACGUUUUAGAGACUACUUAGAUUAUUUAGUUGGAAAUACCUGCGAGUUUUGUUUGUGAACCCUUCUAUAUACUCAUUUUUGGCUUAAGUUUAAUGUUUUGGUGAAUUGUUUUUGUUUUUCUGAGCAUUUCCUGUAGUUGUAUUUCAACUUAUUUAGCUCUCUACCAACAAAGCAAACAUGCAACUGAUAUCGGGGUGUUGAGGAGGUUCUGACCCAGCAGGUGAUCACGAAGAAAAUUUCAACGGAAAGGAAUAAACCAACUCAUUGAACCUGAAUUUUGGGCAGGAUUUUUUUUUUUAUAAGAAAUAUUUACAUGAGUAUAAAUGUUUGAGUUAUAGUAGAUAUAUACUUGAGAUUUACAUGCAAAAAAAGCAUGAAGGUGAGUAAGGUGUUUGUGUUGUUUUUUUAUAUGUACAAAAUGCAUAGACUGGAAUGGGGCAAUUAAUCUCUUCAGAUGA